AUGGAUCAUUCAGGCGAUGGUGUUGAUAUAGUCAGCUCGAUGCCACAUGAGAUCCUCCACCAUAUUCUCUCGUUUAUUCCAACUCAGUUCGCGAUCAGAACUUCCGCCUUGUCCAAAGCAUGGAGGCAUGUAUGGUGCCACACACCUUGUCUCGACUUUAGUAAUCUCAGCAUUUAUGGAGAGAGGUCGGUUCGAGAUAUAAACCAAACCCUAAGUUUUUACAGGGCUCCGAAAAUCAUGAGUUUGAAUCUUCGUAUGCCACGAGAUAUGAGUGAACCCCAGGUUAAUAGCUGGAUAGAGUUUGCUGUGUGCCGUAAUGUGGAAAAGUUGUCUCUGGUCUUUGAUUGUCGUAUUAAUAACCAGACUUAUAUUUUCCCAGAUUUUUUCUAUCUUAGUUCCUCCUUAACGGAGCUCCUCAUUCAUAAUCGUUCUACGGUUGCUGGAUGCACAGUUUUUUGGAAAUCCCUAAGGAAGUUGACAUUAUGGAGUUGUAGUCUCUCUGAAGAAUAUAUUGAAAAUAUUCUCUCUGGCUCUCCAGUUCUUGAAACCUUGAAAUUGUCUAACUGUAUAGGACCUCAGCGUCUUGAUCUGAGUAAAUCACGUAGUUUAAGGAGACUGGUUUACAGAGCGGGUCGAGGGACAUUCGCGAUUGUAGCGCCUCACAUCCAUUCUUUGAGGUUUAUCAUCAGGAGGUGUGAGACACCAUGUACUUUAGUGGAUGUUUCUUUGUUGGCCGAAGCUAGCAUUCACAUAUGCUUCUAUGUACGUCCUCUAAAUGCUGAUUUUCUUCAAACCGUGGUGCUAAAUAUUCUUGCAAAAUUACAAAACGCUAAGAGGCUUACUUUUACCAGAACCACUCUUCAGAUUCUAUCUCUAGCUGAGCUCCAUGGUGUUCCUUUUCCAACGUUCAAGGUUGAAACUUUGACUGUUAAAACAACGUUUAUAAGAUCUGUUAUACCUGGUUUAGCAAGGUUACUACAAAAUUCACCUAAGAUAAAAAAGCUAAUAGCACACGCGACACGAUUGGCCAGCAUACCGGCUCUACAAGAAAGUGAUGUGAACAGCUAUCUUAGGUCACAAGGUUUGAAUCAGGAACAAUGUUGGGGAUCAAAAUACGAAGUGUUUCCUACCGCAAUUGAGUUUGGUGGGAUGAUACAUUGUAAGGAUGCAAUGUGGAAACUCAUAGCUUCGUUCAUGGAAGUGGUGAUGAGAAACGGAAAAAUACUAGAGACGUUGGUUGUAGGGUUGAAAUAUAUUGUUAGUGAUGCAAGAUGGUUUGAAGAGUGGCUUCAGAUGAUUCCAACACUUCCUAACAACAAUAAUGUUUCCAUUGUGCUCAAACGCUAA